GUUUCGUGUUCGGAAUUAAAAUGUUGGUGUACGUAAUAUUAGCCAUUCUACUUUUUGUUUUUUACGUAAAAUGGCAGCAUACAUAUUGGAAGAGACACGGAGUGUAUCAGUUAGAUACCGAGUUUCUAUUUGGUAACUUUAAAAACGAGUUGUUGGGCAAAGCAAGCCUUUUCCAGGCCUUUAAAAAUAAAUACAAACAACUAAAAGCCUUAAACCUGAAACAUGGAGGUGUAUACGUUUUGCUGAAACCAGUUUAUGUGCCAGUUGACCUAGACAUAAUAAAACGAAUCCUUAUCAAGGAUUUUUCCUACUUCCAGGGUCACGCGAACGAUUUUCAUCCAAAAGACAACCUUAGCAUGAACCUUUUCUUUAUUCACGGUGAUAUAUGGAGGAAGCUAAGAACCAAGCUUACCCCAACCUUUACUUCCGGUAAGAUGAAGUUGAUGUUUGAUACUUUAGUAGAAAAAACAAAAGGUUUGGAGGAAUUGGUUCGGAGUCACGUCAAGCAUAGCCAACCUCUUGACGUAAAAGAAGUGGCAGCUAGGUUCACGACCGAUAUAAUUGUCAGCUGUGGGUUUGGGCUUGAAAGUAAUAGUUUGGGUGAAAAUCAAGAUAUCCAGGAGAAACUAAGAGCGGAAAUCAAGGAUGUCCUGGAAAAACACGAAGGAGCGAUUACUUACGAGGCCAUCAUGGAAAUGACGUAUCUUGAAAUGGUUGUUAACGAAACCCUAAGAAAAUACCCUCCAGUUCCAUUUAUACCCCGAUACUGCACGAAGGAUUAUCAUGUUCCAGGUACAGAUGUAAUUAUUAAAGAAGGAACCCAGGUUCAAAUUCCAGCUUGGGGCAUUCAAACCGAUCCGGAAUAUUUUCCAAAUCCGGAAAAAUUCAACCCGGAAAACUUUAGUGCGGAAAAUAAGUCCAAAAUCCCGGAAAUGGCUUUCAUACCUUUCGGAGAAGGACCAAGGAUGUGUAUAGGGUUACGGUUUGGGAAGAUACAAAGCAAACUUGCUCUGGUCAGUUUAUUGAAAAACUUUAGAUUUACUCUGAACGAAAAAACUCAUACUCCCAUCGAGUUUACGAAAGUGAGUUUCGUUUUAUCCGUUGAAGGGGACGUAUGGUUGAAUGUAACUGAAAUUUAAGAAAGAAAUGUGUGAUAACAAAAUAAUAUAUAUUUUUGAACUGUUUAUUAUAAUAUAUCUAAUAA